AUGGGAAAGAAGGGAGGUGGUCGUCUUCUUCAGGCCGCAAAGGCUGCCAACGUAUGGAAAGGUGGUAGUGGUGGUGGUCCACCGGCAAAGAAGCAGAAAAAGAGCCACGGCCCCGGCCCCGCGCAACAUCAGAAGCAACAAUCCACCAAGCCUUCCCGCUCCGCCUCCGCUUCCUCCGCAACCUCUGCAGCCCCGCCCCCGCUCUCGUCUUCCUCGACGUCCGGCUCCAAGAAGCAACACAAGCAAAAGCAGCAUUCCGAACCAUCAAUACCCUUCAGCCCCGACGAAAACAUCCUCCUCGUCGGCGAUGGCGACCUCAGCUUCGCCGUCUCCCUGGUCGAGCACUACCACUGCACCAACCUGACCGCCACUGUCUACGAAAAGGACCUUGACGAGCUCUCCGCGAAAUACCCCCACGUGCGCGCCAACGUCGACAAGAUCUGCGCCAUCCCGGGUUGCAAAGUUCUCUACAACGUCGACGCGCGACGCAUGGCGCCCUUCGCCCACAAAUCCAAAGACAAACAAACCGGCCGGGUGGAACAGACGGGAACAAUGGACCGCAUCAUCUUCAACUUCCCGCACGUGGGCGGCAAGUCGACCGACGUCAACCGCCAGGUGCGCUACAACCAGGAGCUGCUGGUCGACUUCUUCAAGCGCUCCUUGCUCUCGCUGGCCCCCGGCGGGUCCAUCAUCGUUACCCUGUUCGAGGGCGAGCCCUACACGCUGUGGAACAUCCGGGAUCUGGCAAGGCACUCGGACUUGGCAGUAAAAGAAAGCUUCAAAUUCCAGGCCAGGGCGUAUCCGGGCUAUCACCAUGCUAGGACGCUGGGCGUUGUCAAGAAUAAGAAGGGCGAGGCGGCGGAGAAAGCUUGGAAGGGCGAGGAGAGGCCGGCCAGGAGUUAUGUCUUUGUGAGGAAGGAUGACGUGCCGAAGCCGCCGGCGCCGGGGAUGGGGAAGAAGAGAAAGGCCGAGGAGUCGGAUGAUGAGGAUGAAGAGGAGGAGGAUGAAGAUCAUUGGGGGAGCGAUGAUUUCGAGGAGGCGUUGGGUGAUGACGGUGAGGGCGAUGUGGACGAUGAUGAAGCUGCUGAUGAGGAUAACUGA